AUGGACACUCUGACAAUUUUCAGUUUAGUUAUUGCAUCUAUUAUUUCCACAGCGUGUCUAGCAAAGUCCUCUCCUUUGAUCGCAGAUACUUUCCAGAUGGGUGAAGGUACGUGAAAAUGUACUCUCAAUAAAAUGCAGUUAAAGCUCAAAUGUAUUUUAUUGUUUGGAUUUUGGGGGGUUGUGCUUUUAUCUAUUUUGGGGUUUUUAGGAGCCAGAGAUGGAUUCACCAGCUGGUCAUUUGAAGUAAGUUUACAACAUCAAUACUUAGCUGUAAUGGAAGAAUUUUUUCACCUUUAAUAAUUUGCCCUAAAUUUUGUGAUAUAUUAGUCUAUAUAGUACAACGCAACUCAUAGUAAGACCAUCUGAAAUUAGGUACUGACGGUUAAAAUGUAGAAUCCAUGGGAUUUGCCAAUCAGUCCAAAAUCUAGUUAUUCCUGUAUAUUAUACCCAUUCUGUCUAAUUUUCCAUAUCUGUGCUUUGACCAGCAAAAAUCAAUAUGGCGAAUAAAAUCGCAUUAAUGUCAUAGUGAAUACAAUUAUCACAGUAAAUGUCACCUUAACAAAGCCAUAUAUUAAAAGAUAUAACCUGUUUUAACGUGGGAUCAGCCAAUGUACUAAAAUAGUUCUCAUUUAUGAAAGAAUAUAUUUUCAUAUUUAGGAUUUUUACUGAAUAUUCACUAGUGCAAACACAAUUAGUAACUAUCUACUAGCAUUUAGUAUUGCUGGCACUAUUUUACUACAUGCCUUCAUUGUGCCUAUGUUUUGUUUCCGAUAAGUAAAAUUCUUACUUUUUGUGCCUGUGAUAUUUAUUGUACUUAGAUUCAGUAUUUAUCCCAGUAGCGCUGUAUCACAUUUGCUUUUAGACCGUUAAGGAGCAAAUAAAGAAAAUGAAAUGCUGCAAUUUUGUUUCACACACCAUUUAUUUUUACAAUUAUUUUUUCAACUGUAGUUGGUUAGUACACACCACCAUAGUGUUUUAUAUGUAGAAUUUUUAAAGUAUGCUAUAGACGUAAUUUUUACUCAGACAAAGAACCACACAGGCAUUUGAUGCCUGUCCCUUUCUUGUGUGGAAUAGCCUUGUUUUGAUACAUAAUGUCCAUUGUGGAUUAUAUGGGCUAUAGCAGGGAUAGGCAACCUUUGGCACUCCAGAUGUUGUGGACUACAUCCCCCAUAAUGCUCUUACAUCCAUAAUGCGUGCAAAGCAUCAGGGGAGGUGUAGUCCAAAACAUCCUCACUGCCGAAGGUUGACUAUGCCUGGGCUAUAGCUUAGAACUAUUCAACCAAAUCCUGACCUCAGAGUGGACGUUUGGCAAAUUUACCAAUCUUCUUGCAUGAGCACGGGUGAAAAUCCUUUUCUCAGGUAAAUCUGUUAAAAUGUGAGAACAUCCUGACAGUCAGGACCACAGCGUUAGUAUUUUAGAUUUGUAAUAUAUAUUAUCUUUCUUUCUCAUUAAUAAAUACAUAUUGCUGUUCUGAAUCUAUAAUAAUUGUGACACCUUUCAUCUGCUGCUUACUUAUUUUGGUAUAUCCACACCGAAAUAUGAGUAAUUGAAAACUGAAUUUUAAAAUGCAGGUUCAGAUAUUCAAGCUGGGACAAUAGCUAAGCUAUAGCUUUUUUCCAAAUUAGUUUUUUUUGUCGUGAAUUUUGCAUUUUGUUUUUCGUGAAAGCAAAAUCCCAGUAUUUAUGGGGAAUCAUCAAACUGAUUGCUUUGUUGGGAUAUGGAAUUAACUAAGUGUACGUUAAAUUGUAUUAGGUUUACAACAGUUAAUGUUUAUAAUCCACGUAGUUCAGACAAAAAAAAUCAUUGUAAUAGGAGGCAAACACUCAUUUGAAUGUACAGUUUGAAAUCUCAGACUUUUUGCACUUGUUUGUAAUGACUGCAAUAAGCCAGGGAGAGAUUCUAAAAAUGUGAAUGUAAAAAGGUUAUUAGUGAACUAGGUGUCAUAUGAGGAUAUAUUAAAACAGCGGUUUUUAACCUUUUUUCCUUACUGGGACCAAAAUGAUGUGCAUCACAUUAGUUAUGAGCUCCAUUGCAAAAUUAUCAUUUGCCAGAUAAACUUGAGAGCUGUUAUAAUUGUAACAUACAGGGUUAUUCACUUCAGUGAGAAUUCAAACUGAAUUCAAAGUGAAUUUCAAAUGUAACAUUUACUUGCUUUAAAACAUCACUAUAGUGUCAGGAAAACAAAUUAGUUUUCCUGACACUAUAUAACACUUAGGUCCCCCCCACUCGCUGGGCUGGGACUAAAACCCCUUUCAGCCACUUUCCUUUAUCAAGCGCCGGGCUCUCUCGGCGCUGGUGACCUCUCCUCCCACUCCAACGUCAGCUCCGUAGUGGAGCAGAAUGUGCAUGUGCCAGAGCCGCGCGCGCAUUAAGAACGCCCAUAUGAAAGCAUUUCUCAAUGCUUUCCUAUGGACGUCCUGCACGCUGAAUGCGAUUUUCACAUUCAGCGUCGCCGAAGUGCCUCUAGCAGCUGUCAGGAAGACAGCCACUAGAGGAUGGAUUAACCCUGCAGUGUAAACAAAGCAGUUUCUCUGAAACUGCUAUGUUUACAUGUGAAGGGUAAAAACCUGGGGGACCUGGCACCCAGACUACUUCAUUGAACUGAAGUGGUGUGGGUGACUAUAGUGGUCCUUUAACAAAUUGUGCUGACGUAAGAACAGUUAAAUUGAACAAUUGAAUUCAGUUAAAUUGAUGAUACAAUAUAAUUUAUAACUGGCUUUUUCUUUAGAUUUUCCUUUUCUUAUGCCCCUUGUAUCUAAAUGAUUACACUCUUGACCCUGCCACCUGCCUUUAUUUAUAUUUAUAUUUUCUUCUUUGUGAUAAAUAUCAAUAUAUGGGGGCAGCCAUUUUGUUCUCCUCUGACUCAUGGUGUCUGCUGUUUGCCCUUUCUGUAAGAUGGAUGUCACUGAUGGAUUUUGGGUAAAUUUGAUUAGCAAAUAAAACCAAGCCUUGCUUUAAGGUAGUCCCUACUUCUAUCUAUGUAAUUAAUGAUAACUAGAGCACUCUGGAGAAAAAAAUAGAUUCAUACACAGGGAGCUAUAUAAAUGUAGAUUAGAUACAUACCUACAUAUUUGGUGAACGAACCACUUUACAUUAAUUAUAGUUUUGUACUAAUUACUAAAAAUAGAUGGCCUGGAAUAAAUUAAGUGGUUCAUUAGUGUAACUAUAAAAAACUAUCAGAAAAUAUAUUGAACAAGAUACAACAUGAAGAAAAUGUGUCCAUUGCCAGUGUAUUUAUAUAAUUCCUUGUCAUUGCUUCAUUGACAUUAUUUAUUAUAAACGCAUAUCUAAAUUUAGAAGAGGAAGAGCAAUCACUGGCAGAAAUCAUUGAACCAGAUCAACAGGAGCAGAUCGUGACAUUUCUAGCUUUGUUGGAUAAAGCAGAAAAAAGCGCCAAUGCAAGAUUUGCCGCCAGAAUUACUGGAGUCCGGGGUAAAUGUACAAUAUUUUAGUAUAAAUGUCUAUUGUCUGUGGGUAACAGGGUUCUUUAAGGAGAAGCAUGAAAAUGGUGCGCAUGUUGAUUUUUUUUUUUUAUUCCUAUUGUUGUAUUAUCUUGAAAACUGCUGACUAAUGACAUCAGUCACACUAACAGUUGUGGCUGAGAAUGAUGAGACUUAGCUUACAGCAUCUUGAGUAUAUAACUUAUAAACUAGUAUCCUAAACCCCUUAAGGACACAACUUGUGAAAUAAAAGUAAAUCAUGACGGAAUAUUUCGGGUUAAAAGGUUACUCGGACAUUAUAACCACUACAGCCUGCUGGGAAAAUUUGCAGAAUCGUAAUGUUCUGUACAGACACUAAUUUCAAUAAGUAAAAAAAAAAAGACAUACAAAUGACCCAAUGGAAUGUUUUGAAUUUUCACAGUGAUAUUUUGAAUGGUUGUGAUUCCAUAUAAUAACUGUAUCUCUCAUACACAGAAUAACUGUAGUAACGUAUCAUUUGUGUGAUAGUUUGUACUGGACAAGAGUACAUGUCAAGACAUAUCAUAACCCACAGAGAACAUCACCAUCAGUAUAAGUGGCUACGUUUUAUCCCGGACUAGGUUCCAUGCGCCCGGGAUCCCAGCUGUAGCUGUUGUAAACCACCUUACAAACUGUUUAGAUGGCCUUACUGCCAGGAUACUGAGUCUUUAAAUAGGAAGAAUGUUAGACUAUGUACAUUAAGAACAUCACAAAACAGAGAACAGAAUUGGACCAGUAAAUGUUAACAUCUGUAAAUGGCAAAAAGUCAAGAAAGCAGUUUGUUUUUUUAAGAUGUCCUAAGCCACAAAAUAAACCAAUUUUUUAUUGGUUAAUUAACAAAUAUUCUUUCUUUUUUGUGCGUUUUAGGGAACACAAGAUUAGUUGGAAAAAAGAACAGAAUGGUAAGGAAAAUUUUAAAAAGCACAUUUUUAAAUUGCGUAAAAAUGUUGAAUCAUCAAGUACAUUCUUUCCUAAUUGUUUGUCAACUGCAUAAUCAGUUCGGGUCCUGUUCAGACAUGAACAUAUGUAUUUCAAAGUGCUUUAAGCAUGUCAAUAUAUUUUCAGAUGUCAAAUAGGGUUUUAUUCACAAAACAACCAGUUCUGGUACAUUAUCAUCCUAGUUACAAGGUUUAGGCAAUAAUGCAAUUAGAAAAAUAUAUUUUUUUGUCAACACAUUAAUAGCUCUUUUACCGUUAUUGGAUCAAUAAACAGAAGCCUGCACCUUAUGGAAAACCUCAACUUUAUAGAUAAAUACAGAAAUACAUGUCAUCCUCUCAUUUCUCCACACAUAAAUGUACCGUCAAGUGGAACUUGUCUCUGAAACAUUAUGCACACUACCAUAUUCUUUCCACCACUGGAAAAAAGUAUACUUAUAUAAUGACCUUGUUUAGAUUUGAGGUUCUAAAGGAAUUCCGCUAUAAAUGAUUAUACUUUAGUUAUAAAUGUACCACUUGUUUUACUUAUAUACAUAUAUUGCCCUUGGAAAUCACAAGCAAUAGUACGAUCAGUUUCACAGGAGAUGGAUCCAUCCUUUAACAUCAGAAUUUGAACAUAAAUGAUUCUCAGAUUUUUACGGUUGACUUCAUCCUACAUUGUUACAUCAAUGGAAUGAGGUGUGUGUGAAGCUCUCUUAUCAUUCCUUCUCAUUAUUUAUUUUGAACAGGAGGAUAUGCGUGAGGAAAUCUCCAAUCCUUCUGUCCACCAAGAAGAGUCAACUGAUCACAUUGAUGAACUAACAGAAUAUAGCCCUAUUGGGGGAAAACACUUCAGGAAGGCUGUGCAGAACACACCACGAAAGAAAAAGAAACGAGGUAAGACUUAUCGACCCCUCAAACAUAGAGACAAGAAAAAAACCUUAACGAUACAAUCUUCUUUUUAGGAUUGCUCUUUUAUACAUUUUAAGAGCCAUAUUUGUAGUACAAACAGUAUGUGAUGGCAGAGAGGUAAAGGCAGAAUGCUAAAUACAAAAAAUGUUUUGGGUCUGAUAACAUUUAUUAAUCCUAUAGACUUUAAGCUCGUUUGAGCAGGGUCCUCCAACCUAUUGUUCCUGUAAGUUUUCUUGUAAUUGUCCUAUUUAUAGUUAAAUUCCCCCUCUCAUAAUAUUGUAAAGCGCUAUGGAAUCUGUUGGUGCUAUUUAAUUGGCAAUAAUAAUGAUUAAUGAUAAGAUUUUCUUGUUAUUUUGGCAAAUCAUUUCCUUCCUUUCCUAUUAUUCAAUCUGAUUCUCCUUACCUCAAAUCUGGGACAAAGUAUCUCUCCAGAUUGUUAGAAGUUUUAUCGGACAUAUGAUAGGAAUCAUGGGAAAUGUCAUUUGCGUUAGGUACUGUUUCAGAAGAAAAAUGAGACAUUAUAGCAAAGUAUAUUAAUCUAGAUAAAUUAAAAAAUACACCCUUGAAGUAUUUUUAUUUAAAUAUUAUAUUAUAUAUGACAGACUUAAGGACCAAAUAUUUCACUUUGUGUCAUCGUUAUCUGGUUCCUAAAUUCUUUAUGGACAGAGUUCCUUUAUAUUUAUCACUAACUGCUCUACAACGUCCGUCAGAAAUGAAUUAAAUGACUCAUUCCAUUUUGGAAUAUGGAGGGAACAAUAAACUUCAAGUCCAUUAAUUUAACAAUAAUUAAAACUUUUCAAAUGAUUUAUGUACAAACGUCACUAUUAUAGUCUAUGAAAAUUUUUGUAACAGUUGAAGAUUUUUCCAACAGUUUUGCCAACAGAAGUCCACCUCUCUAAUAAAAAUUAAUAAAUGCAUCUUGUAUAUAAUUUCACUGGUUCUUGCAAAUGAUCUGAAAUGUGUUGCGUUUUGUUCCAGCCUGCUUUUGGAAAUACUGCAUUCAAACAAGUAAAUGAAUCUUACUUCAAACGACCCAUUAAAGGUGAUUCAGCGUGUAGAACAAGACGAAGAACUCUUCAUUCGAAGACUUCUUAAAUUAUUAAACUUAUAGGUGACUCACGGUUAGAUCGCUCUUCUCUAUUUAAAGAAACAAUGUACGCACCAUAGCAACACCUUCAGAAUGAAGUUGUUAUGGUGCAAGUAGGUCCCUGGCCGCCGGCUUACCUCAAGGGGUUAAACCAUUAAUGAAUGGUUUACCUCGAAGUGUUGAAUCUGAUGCCCAAUUGUUCUGCCAUCUAACACAUGCAGCAGUGCCAGGCUUGAAUCAGGAAGCUUUGGAGAGUAGCUCCCCGCUCACAAAACAGUUUGAGAGAUAUAUGUAUGUUUCUCAAAUAGUUUUGUGAAAGGUGAGCUACUGGCUGUACCCCUGUCCAGGCUUCCUGAUUCAAUCUAAGACUGGAACAGAUGUUAGUGGGGAGAACAAUCGGGCACCAGAUUCAACCCUUUAGGGUUAAACCAUUCGUUAAUGGUUUAACCCCUUGAGGUAAGCCAGUGUCCAUGUACCUCCUCACACCAUAACAACUUAAUUCUGAUUAAGUUGUUAUGGUGCCAGGAGUUUGCCUUUAAGAUGUGUAAGAAAUUUAUAAAUAUGUUUUUUUUCCCUAAAAGAAACUGACAAUGUAAAACCAGCUCUUCUUCAAAAGUAA